AUGGUUGCCCCUGCCCCUGCCAUACAUACCACCGUAGGCGGAAAUUCUGCCUUCCACAACUUCAACAAUGACUUCGCCCAUAUUACAGACGCCAAUGAGCGAAGACGUCUUGCUCUUGCCGAGAUCGAUAGAGCUCCAUUCGGAUGGUAUCACGUCCGUGCCUGUGUUGUCGCAGGCAUUGGUUUCUUUACCGAUUCCUACGAUAUCUUUGCCAUCAAUUUGGUCACCUCUAUGUUGGGUAUAGCAUUUUUCCAGAACAGUGUCUCAAAGGGUUCGAUUCCAACAACCAGUGAUACUGCUAUCAAGGUUGCCACUUCCGGUGGAACUGUUAUUGGUCAACUUGGUUUCGGAUGGCUUGCAGAUGUUGUCGGUCGUAAGAAGAUGUAUGGUCUUGAGUUGAUGAUUAUCAUCUUUGCUACUCUCGCUCAAGCUCUUUCUUCUCCGUCCCACGCUGUAUCUAUUGUCGGUCUAUUCAUCUUCUGGCGUGUAUUGAUGGGUAUCGGUAUUGGUGGAGACUAUCCUUUGUCAAGUGUUAUCACUUCCGAAUUCGCAACCACUAAAUGGAGAGGAGCUAUGAUGAACGCGGUAUUCGCCAUGCAAGGUAUUGGACAAUUUACUGCUGCCAUCAUUGCUUUGAUUGUCACCGUAGGUUUCAAAGAGUCCCUUUUGACUGGAUCAAAGGCCUCAACUUGCACUGGCGUUUGUCAACUUGCCGUUGACAAGAUGUGGCGUGUUAUCAUCGGUUUCGGUGCCGUCCCAGGUUGCAUUGCUCUCUACUAUCGUUUGACCAUUCCCGAAACACCUCGAUACACCUUUGAUGUUGCCCGUGAUGUUGAACAAGCUACCGAGGAUGUACAAGCCUACAAGCAUGGAAAGAGCCAUGGUGAACCAGAUGAGAUCACUCGCGCUACCACCAACAAUCAAGCUGCUCAAGAACUCGAGAUCCCCAAGGCCAGCUGGUCAGACUUUAUCGCCCAUUACAAACAAUGGAGAUUCGGCAAGGUCCUCCUCGGUACAGCAGGUUCAUGGUUUUUUCUUGAUGUCGCCUACUAUGGUCUCGGUCUCAACAACUCCGUCAUUCUCUCCGCUAUUGGCUGGUCUGGUGGUCAUAACAUGUAUGAAGUUUUCUACAAAACUGCCGUUGGUAACCUUAUUCUCGUCUGUGCCGGUGCUAUUCCUGGAUACUGGGUCUCUGUCGCUACAAUCGAUACUCUCGGCCGCAAGCCGAUCCAAUUUAUGGGCUUCACCAUUCUUACCAUUCUCUUCAUCAUCAUCGGGUUCGCUUAUAACAAACUUUCCGGUCAUGCCCUUCUAGCCCUUUACGUCAUCGCCCAAUUCUUCUUCAACUUCGGUCCUAACUCUACCACUUUCAUCGUACCAGGUGAAUGUUUCCCUACACGCUACAGAUCUACAUCUCACGGUAUCUCUGCUGCUUCCGGAAAGAUAGGAGCUAUUAUUGCACAAGUUGUUUUCGGACCACUCCGAACAAAAGGUGCUGCUCCAGGCGCUACUGGCGCUGCAGCCAGCCCAUGGUUAAAUCAUGUUAUGCAAAUUUUUGCAUUGUUCAUGUUAUUGGGAUUGUUUACCACUUUCCUCAUUCCCGAGACCAAGAGAAAGACUCUCGAAGAGUUGGCUGGUGAAGUUCCAGGAACUCCUAAUUAUGACCCUGCUUUGGCUAGAUACACUGCUGGAGCCCAAAAGAGUGGUCACUCGAGUCAUGAGGGCAUUGCGCAUGAGACUCAACCUGAAAAGAUUGUUUAA